UCGAGAUAAGCCCCAUAAGAACAGCCAGAAGCAGAGAGAGCGGGAGUGGUUGCUCUUGUGUAACCCCGUGCGAGUGUUGGUAUCUGUUGCCAAAUACUGAGAGAGAAGCUGGUGCCAGCUGAUUGCCGUAAAAGCUUUCCCAGCACUUGUGCCUUCGGAGGCCAAGGAUGCAGGCACCUGAUCCAUGUAUGGAGACGCGAUGCCCGAGAGCUAGCCCCUGGGAGGGGGUCCAGCGUGUUAACUGCCAAUAUAGACAGGUGGAGUUUGUUUGCUGUUCUGGUGAAGUUAAACAGUAGUUGAACAGUUUACCAGGGAGUGUUAUUAUUUUGAAACAAGGCUGGGUUUUCCCAUGUCUGUGACCCGCUUAGAGGGAAAGCAGGGUCUGGGCCUGGAUUUCAGGCACAUCAUGUCGCCCGGAGUGACGAGGGACAAAGGCAUGUUCAUGUGCGGCUUUUGGCCCGGCCUGCUGGUUGUGCUGGGCUCCCUGUGCCCCCGAGGUUCACCCUGUGGGCUCUCCACACACAUCGAGAUAGGACACAGAGCUCUGGAGUUUCUCCACCUUCAAGAUGGGCGCAUUAACUACAAAGAGCUGUUGCUUGAACACCAGGACGCCUAUCAGGCGGGAGCUGUGUUUCCUGACGCGUUUUACCCCAGCAUCUGCGAAGGAGGACAAUUCCACGAUGUGUCCGAGAGCACUCACUGGACCCCAUUUCUGAAUGCGAGCGUGCAUUACAUCCGCGAGAACUUCCCCCUUCCCUGGGAGAAGGACACGGAGAAAUUGGUGGCGUUCCUGUUGGGAGUCACCUCUCACAUGGUGGCCGAUGUCAGCUGGCACAGCCUGGGGAGCCAGCAAGGGUUCCUCAGGACAAUGGCAGCCGUUGAUUUUCAUGGCUCCUAUUCUGAGGCGCAUCCGGCUGGUGACUUCGGAGGAGAUGUGUUGAGCCAAUUUGAAUUUAAUUUUAAUUACCUCGCGAGGCACUGGUAUGUGCCUGUCGAAGACCUGCUGGAAAUCUAUAAGAAGCUCUAUGGCCGAGAAGUCAUCACCAAAAGUGCGAUUGUUGACUGUACAUACCUUCAGUUCUUGGAAACGUAUGGUGAGAUGCUAGCUGUUUCCAAGCUUUAUCCCACGUAUUCCAGAAAGUCCCCAUUCUUGGUGGAACAAUUUCAAGAAUAUUUCCUGGGGGGACUGGAUGACAUGGCCUAUUGGUCCACGAACAUCUACCGUCUGACGACCUUCAUGUUAGAGAACGGGACCAGCGACUGCAGUCUGCCCGAGAACCCUCUGUUCAUUGCCUGUGGCGGCCAGCAGACCAGCGCCCCGGGCAGCUCAAAAGCAGAGAAAAGUGAUUUCCAUAGGAAUUUGACUGCAUCCCUCACUAAAGAGGCUGGAAAAAAUAUAAACUAUACAGAAAGAGGAGUGUUCUUCCGUGUGGAUUCCUGGACCUCGGAGCCCCUUACUUUCAUGUACCAGGCUCUGGAGAGGAACAUACGGACCAUGUUCACAGGCGGCUCUCAGCAGUCGCUGAAGCACGUCUCCAGCCCCCUGGCAUCUUACUUCCUGUCGUCUCCCUACGCGAGACUCGGGUGGGCGAUGGCCUCGGCUGACCUCAACCAGGACGGGCACGGCGACCUGGUGGUGGGUGCCCCGGGCUACAGCCGCCCUGGCCACAUCCAGGUCGGGCGCGUGUACCUCCUCUACGGCAACGACCUGGGCCUGCCCCCCAUCGACCUGGAUCUUGACAAGGAGGCCCACGUGAUCCUGGAGGGCUUCGAGCCCUCAGGUCGGUUCGGCUCGGCCUUGGCUGUGCUGGACUUUGACAAAGACGGGGUGCCUGACCUGGCCGUGGGAGCCCCAUCUGUGGGCUCCGAGAAGCUCACCUACAAAGGUGCUGUGUACGUCUACUUUGGUUCCCAACAAGGAGGAAUGUCUUCUCGACCCAACGUCACCAUCUCCUGCCAGGACACCUACUGUAACCUGGGCUGGACGCUCUUGGCUGCGGAUGUGAAUGGAGACGGCGCGCCCGAUCUGGUGACGGGCUCCCCCUUCGCCCCAGGAGGAGGGAGGCAGAAGGGCAUGGUGGCUGCGUUUCACUCCAGCCCCGACAGGAGCUGCGAAGGGAAGCUGGACGUGGAGGCUGCCGACUGGAGGGUGAGGGGCGAGGAGGACUUCUCCUGGCUCGGCUUCUCCCUGCACGGGCUCCGCGUGGACGGCAGGGCCCUGCUGCUGGUCGGGAGCCCCGCCUGGAAGAACAGCAGCGGCCUGGGCCACUCGUUCCGCUCGCAGGAUGAGCAGCAGGGCCUCGGACGGGUGUACGGCUACUUCCCGCCGGAUCGCCGCAGCCAGUUUACCAUUUCCGGAGACAAGGCGAUGGGGAAGCUGGGCACUUCCUUGUCCAGUGGUCACGUGAUGGUGAACGGGACCUGGAAGCAGGUGCUGCUGGUUGGAGCCCCGACGCGCGGUGACGUUGUGGUCACUUCUCUGAGAGAGAGCUGGCGCCUGCAGGACGGAUGUGUGUUGAGGCCCAGAACAAGCGGCAGACGUGGACUCAGGCGUGCAUCCCUCUCGAAGCAGAACCAGCUCGACGAGAAGUCUAAAAUGGCGUUCCUGACCAUGACCUUGCACCAGGGUGGAACCACUCGGAUGUAUGAACUGACACGGGACACGCAGCCGCCUCUGCUCAGCACCUUCAGCGGAGACCGCCGCUUCUCCCGCUUUGGUGGCGUUCUGCACUUGAGUGACCUGGAUGGCGACGGCUUAGAUGAAAUCCUGGUGGCGGCCCCGCUGCGGAUAACGGAUGUCACCUCCGGGCUGCUGGGAGGGGAAGACGGCCGGGUGUACGUGUACAAUGGCAAACAGACGGCCUUCGGUGACGUGACGGGCAAAUGCAGAUCCUGGGCCUCUCCGUGUCCUGAGGAAAAGGCUCAGUACGUCCUGAUUUCUCCUGAAGCAAGUUCAAGGUUUGGGAGCUCUGUGAUCACCGUGAGGUCGAAAGACAAGAACCAAGUUGUCGUCGCCGCUGGAAGGAGCUCCCUGGGAGCCCGGCUCUCUGGGGCCCUUCACGUCUACAGCCUCGGCGGAGACUAAGGGCUUCCCUUCGGCUUCCUGCUCUGCGCCCUCUUGUGCCACUGUCUCCAGGGGUGGCAUUCUGGUGGACAAGGGAGCCCUGGGCGCAGGGACUGCAUGGCAGGAGGUGACGACAGGUGCUCCGCGUCCCCUUCCAGAGGUUCAGUCCCUGCUUCCCUUGCAUGUCCUUGACCCCCAUUAGUGCCUGUGCUCGACCUGUCCGACGUCCCUCCCCUUCACGUGACUAGCGAGGUCUUUCUGAUGCCUGGAAACACCUCGCUGUGGCUAUCUCUUAGGAAAACCUCUGGCACUUCUCUUCCUAAAAAUGUCCUCUUAAAAAUGGUGACCCCCCCUCUAAUCAGUGAACUAGCAUAGUAUAUGGGAAAGAACUUAGCUCAGUGAGAAGUAAGGGGGUGAAGGGUAACCACAACUCCAGGGACACCUGUUGUAAGUGAUCUGGGCCCUUCUUGUAAGGAUCACUGCACUUUCAGUGUCUCCUACAGUGAAGGAUAAAUAUGAGACUAAAACCUCACCUUGUAAUGCCCUCAAGUGCUUGUUAGAAGCGGCCGUGCUGACAGUGGAGGAGGGCCCCUCCCCUCGUUCUAGGGCCUCCCGAGCGGAGCCGCUGGGGCAUGAAGUGGGUACACGCAGUGCAGACAGAGCAGGGCCGGCCUGAGCCAGCGGCCGCUGCCGGGACGGACAGGAGGGACGCCAGUCAGUCGUGGGCUGUCUGGUCCCUGGGCUGGGUCUCGAGCUUUCAUCCGCUGGCCCUGCAGUGCGUCUACCACAGGCUUCGAGCUUCACUACUUACUGAGUCUGUAACAGGGAAGAGCACUAGUGAGUAGUGACAAGAACCCUUCUCAGCUGCUGGGAGGCGGAGUAGAGACUGGUCCAAAGAAGCAGGCAUCCAGCGGCAGAGUAAAAGUCGAAUUAGAAACCCAGGGAAAGCUACGAGAGUUAAUUGUGAGCCCAGAUGAGUACCUACGGGGAAACAACAGGACACAGUCACCUCUGGACGACUCCAACUGUCACCUUCCCUAAAGAGGUAUGCCGGCUGCAUGGUUCCCCAGGGACCAGCAAAAAGCACAAACACCAUUUGGUUUCUUUGGAUAACAAUUAUGGGUAGCUCUCCUUAUGUGAAUUAUUAUUUUUAGUUAAAGGGAAAUUUACCUUUAGGGGCCAGAACUUAGUUGACUGUAAUACAAGGGGAGAAGUCCAGGUGUAGCACAGACACCGUGUAGUACUGGGCCUUUCCAGACGUGUGUGUGCGCGCACCUUUCUGCUGUCCACGCUGUGCAAAGUGUCCACCGUUCACUGAUAAAAAUCGUGGUUCAACACAGGCCCUAAUGAUUUACAUUCUUAAUGUCUAAACAUACCAGAUAGCGAGCACCUGGUGGAGAAGGUUAAAAUUUAUAUGGUUGGAGGCAAGUUUUCCUAUAGGAUUUUAUAUAGUAUAUUUAGUCCUACUAACCCCAUAUUCAGAAGUGCCAAUUUGUAUUCCUGCUGUUGAAAGUCAACCUGGCAUAGAGUUAUUGUGUUACAUGGCUAUGUUCUCACCCCACUGAGUAUUACCUGUAGUUCUCAGCACAGGACUCUGAAAUGCAAAACAACAGAAAUGAUAACACCUCGUAGGGUUUUAAUUAUUACAUUCAGAUUUGUGUUAAUGAGAGAUUAUCUCCAUUCUAUUUUAAGAUAUCAAGUUGCAAGUAUGUACAUGUUUUAUUUUUCUAUCACCUGUAUGUAUAACAACUUGCUUCAAGAGCAGAAUGGUUUCAUGCCUCUGACCCACAGCUCUAACGCGGGCUGGAGGCCGGGGCUGCACUCCGGUCUGAGCACCCCAGCCCGCGCGCCGUCCACGCGCCGCCUCCACAGGUACCACUGAAGUAAUGCAAGUAAAUCCUGAACUUAAAGCGUUUAAGAUUGCAAUUCCAAAAAAUAAAGCUGUGUACAACUCUUAGAGUAAGUCCCCCAAUAUCUUUAUUUAGUGGUUAUCACGAUCUGUUUACCCAGAAUAAAGCAAGUGUUCAGAUGUCAUCUUAA